AUGUCCCGACCCGUAAGACGUUGUCCAGUAUCCCUGGCUGUGUUGGAAGAAAUUGCUUUGGAGGGCUUAGAAGGCAUAACUCUAUCAACACUGUGGUCUUAUUUAUGUGUAGACUUGGAGGUAGAACCUCCUUUGCCUUCAGAUGUUAAAGAUCGUAUAUGGAAUUUCGUGAAACGCAAUACACAUCAAUUAGAUUUCUAUGAAUUACCUGUCGAGAGACCAAUAAUGCUAUGUCAAAAUCGUUUUUCAUAUGUGGAACCUGAUUUUGGAAUACCGCUUGAGCCGGAUCCCAGCAUAUUUCUACGGUAUAAAUUCGUGCCUGUUGAGGAUGGUGAUGUACGCGGCUCAUGUGAACACUACAAGGAGCGGAAAAAGAUAGAAUCUACCGAGGUGAACGACUUAAAUGUCGAAGCUAUUUUAGAGCGUUGGGGCAAUAGAUUUGUCAUAGUAGCUUCACAAGAACUACGAUAUUGUGUGCUUACACCCAAAAACAAACCAAUACCGCGAGAUCUAACACUCUUACAAUAUUGUGUUUGGGAAGCCAUUGGACGUUCUCGAUAUAACGGAGAGACAACGACGGGACCUUGUUCAAUAUACCCGAUGUGCAAGGACUCUUCGGUAGUUUUUUAUAUUAAACAAAGAUUGAUAUAUAUUGGAUUGAUCGUGCAAAGCGCCUUUAAUGAAUUUCGUGAUGAUCGCCUCGUUGUUUCGUCUUUAUUGAAUUUAACGCAAUAUGUGCCCGAAAUUACAAGCAAUAUAAUAUGUCUUAUUGAAAAAAUAUAUGAUUUAGUCAAAAAGUCCGGCUACUUAGCGCUAACGGAGCUACGCAGUACAAUCCCAAUAUUUACACGGAAAUCCACAUUUCGCAAUCUUGUAAUGACUCCAUAUUUUCAACGCGUUUUUGAAAUGAAGAAAGUAUUCACGGGCCGACAAAGUUUAAAGAAAAAAGAUGUCAGUGUUUUGGCGAUAACAUUAAAGAAUCCGGAAACACCAUUAGAUGACCUAAUAAAUGAAGUGACGCAAAUCGAUAAAGAGGUCGGAGUUGAUUUUACAGACGCUUUCGUUGAUGACAAACACUCCUUUGUGGAUAUGCCAAUUAGAGAAGAAUUCUAUCGCGCCGUUUUGCGACACGGCACACGCGGUUGCAGUCAUACAGAUCUAGGAAAUUAUUUGAGCGAAUCACACUGCAUAGUGCGGCAAAUGGUUAAAGCGAUGCUGCGCAGUGGGUUGAUAAUACCGCAUGUCGUAGAUGAGGGACGACAGCGUAUACACAGAUAUGUGGCACUGGAAGUUAUAAACGCACAGAAGUCCAAUAAGGAAGUGGAAGUUGAGCAGCCAGAGGAAAAGCCUAAAUUUGUCGAUCUACCGCCAAUAUCACAUGGGGAAGAUAUCUGUAGUGUUGAUUAUGCACAAAUCGAGUCCACUCUUGAAGAUUACGUGUACAAGGAAAAGCUAUUUCGCGUUGUUUUCACUAGCCGUCAACAAUAUCGACGCGAUUUUAUAGUUCGCCAGUUAAACGAGUCGUAUGUAAUGUCAACUAUAACAUUGCGUAACCGAUUACAGGAAGCAGAACAAAAGCUGGGGCACAAAGACGAAAUGUGUUUUAAGUCGUUGGCACGAAUUUUUAUGGAGAUGAAGAGAAGUGAGAAUUUGAAAAUUUAUGAAAUAACUUUAAAAUAUAAAGGUCAUACACGCACUCACCGCUAUGUGGCACAUCCACAAAUCGACAAAAAUCAUGCACUGUUACAGAAGGAAAUGAAUAGCUUGAAGAAUACGCUUAUUAUGUCAAGAGAAAGAGAAGAAAGCAAGAGACACAAUUAUGAAUGCCGUUUAGCUAAGCGUGCUUUAAAAGCUUCACGUAAAAUUCAAAAAUCUACUGAAAAUAAAAAUUUAAAGCUGAACAUCACGCCCGAUCAAUUACCGAGUCCACCGAAAUUCCUGUUAUCGCGUUAUAUGCAUGAAUUUCUCUUUUAUAUUGUGGUAGAAUUAAACGAGUAUCAACAAUUGUUAGCAAUCGACGAGUCUUUGUUGCAAAACUGGAAAGAAAACGAGCCGAGUUUGCAAGUGAAUGAGUUUCUGCAAACCUUACAUGCCGGCAUAGAAGUACAGCACGCUUAUAUGCAACAGCUGAAUUGGCGCACAUUUAUACCACCAUUACCAAGAUACUCCGACAAGCCCGCCGGCUGGGUGAACAUGGUGGAUGCUAUUGAACGAAUACCACUUUUAAUUUUUAACAAAAUGUUUCGCUUCCAACAAACCGAAAACAAUGUUCUGGAGGAAUAUUUAGCACAUCCAAUACGCCAGAACUAUCUUAUACGACAAUUACCAACUGAUUUACAAAAUCAAAUCAAUCGUGUUUAUUUACAUCGCAUUUGCACCAUGGUGCUUAAACUAUUGAAUCACAUGGGCUUGAUACAAGUUGGGGAAAGCGUUAAUUUCAAAGAUACCAUGAAUAUAUGGGUAUAUCUAAAUCGGCGCACGCAAAUACUCGAUACAACACCAUCGGAGGCGAGCUAUAAUAAAAUCAACACAGCGCGAAAAUAUGAAAAAUUAGAUUUUCACUUUUCCACCUUCGAGGACAUCGUCAUGUAUUGGAACAAUGUUCAUCGUAUAUGCGUUUAUACAAAACUUGGACGUCUUAGUGCCAAAAGUAAUGAAAAAGCACAAAAACGUAAAGAAUUGAGUUUCUUGCCGGCUGUGAGUUUCGAUGAAGCGCCAAAUUUUGAUAAUGGCGAAGUGCCCGGCGACCGCGCAGGUGCCGCUGGUUUUGCCUCGCGUUUGUUUGCGCAUGCGUUGCGCGCCUGGUCGUGGAUAUUGAGUACGAACGUCAAACCGUUGCUGACACGCACAGGUCGUGUACCGUUAUCGCGUCUCACCUCUGGUAAACACUUGCGUUUAAUGGGCUUGCGAAAAUCUCGCCUACAUAACGCGCACGUCAAGCGUUUACCGCACUCGACUACAGCGAAACGUGCCGCCACUACGAAGAAGUCCUCAUCCAUGCGUGACGCUAUCGACCGUGAUGCACUGAAGAAUAUGCGCACAUUGCGUGCAAUUUGGGACAAGAAUGAGGAUGAUUUGUUGAAAUUGGCGCGCGCUGUUUAUAUAUACAUUGCAGCGCCUGUGCCGGUGCUCGGUCUAAUGGUCGUUGGUAAAAUUUGUCGUGAUAUUAUAAGACACAGCUUAGGAAUACGCAAUAAAACUACGCAGGCAUGCCACCGCCGCAUGCAGUAUAUAGUCAAGUUGGGUAGACACAUUCCGGAAGUACCCACCUGGGUGCAUAUGCUGCAAACAAACUCCGAGAUUCAACAACGUUAUGGUGAACAUUUUCUGCAAGAACUGAAAAUUGUCUACCCCGAUCGUGAAGAGUACUGCCAAGCUUUGGCCUUGCAUUUUAUAGAAAUCGUCCAUUUCUUAUAUGAGUUGGUGCAAAAUGUUAAAGAGAAGGAAGCGACUACUGCGGCACGACCUCGUUUCAAAAUACCCGAUUGUAUUGAAGAAUUCCAUCGGUUAUAUGCACAACGUGCGGCGGCACAGGAAGAGAAAGGCAUGAAGUAUUUGGAGCCGCUUAACGAACAGGAUGCACUCACAGUACUUGCAAUUAAUGUUUUACACAGUUCACUGUGCUCGGCACUUGACAAGACCACUUAUACGGCACAAGCUUUUGAGAUUUUUAAAAAAUUCUCCGAGGAAACAUUGCAGCGCGCUUUCCGAUUAGCACGUAAUGGCACUUUGAUAGUGGCGAAUAAACGCAAGAAUAUUGAGAUGCUACCCAGCCAGCUGACGAGUCCAGCUUAUUCGCUUUCGGUGCAUUAUCAACGUCGUUUGAUCUUUCUACGCAUACCUUAUCACAUCUACGAUUCAUAUUUUGGAUUCUUUGAGAAUGCGCUAGACGUUUUAAUGCAGCCCAAAGAGGAGGAAUUUCUGAAUCAGCCGUCUACUAGCAAAGCACGUUCAUUUAAAAAUAUUGUAGAGCUUCGGUCGCCAAAUGCCGGGCAACUCUUCUUUAUUGGCGAGGGUUUGGCACGAAAUUUUUGGAACUGUAAUAUAAAAUUUCCCAGCAAUAUAUUAACGGUGGACGCUGAAAAGAGGCAGACGCUAUCGUCGAUGGAUCGUAUACUCGAUCAUUAUCACUGCAUCUUCGAUCAUGCACCCGAGACAGAGUACACUAAGAAUUUUGAAACUGAAGCCAACGGAAAACAGGUCCGCGUUAAAUUUCAACCUGCAAAUUUGAGCUAUAAAAUCACCUAUAGCCCGUACGACUUUAUAUCCAAGCUGCCAACUCGCCAUCUACACUUUUUCUGUGCACUCGACCAUCUCAAUCAAGAGGUGGAGAUCAACUUUAGUCGCCUAAUGCGUAAGGAUGAUGAGCACGACACCUUUUGCAUUGAGUGUCCAUUUAACUGUGUACUGAAACACGCCAACUACAUCAAUGCCAUUGAGCGAAUUGUGCAGGAGAAACGAAAUGUUUUGAGGGACCUAACCGAAAUGCCACCGCAAAAGCUUUUGAAUAUGGCUUUGAGUGGUUGUUCUGUAACUGUGGAGUCAUCGAAUCUGCUAACCUUGGUGCGCAUGUUGGAAUCCUUCUGGCAUGAAAAGGAAACGGCAUGCGAAAAGAAAGAUCUGGGUCGUGUAUCGGCGAAUGUGAAGGUGAACAAGUCUAUCGACUGGCAUCAGUUGUGCUGUGAAAUACUUCAGUAUAAUGCAGCGGAGGAAGAUAAUGACAAAAAUGAUGAUUAUGAGCCAACGCUCAACAAGGAGGAGCGUCUAGCACGCGCUCAGGAUGUCUUUGUAGUGAAUCUGCCAACGUUACAGUUGGAGGCAAAUAGAGAUUUUUGCUUACUAAGCAAAGAAACUGUGGUCCACAAUGACGUUUGUGUACCCAAACGUUUAAUGGAGCCAGAACUUUUACGUGAACAAAUACUGAGGAAAAUUGUAGAUGAAUCGCAUUGGAAGUAUACCGAAAAUACCUUUGAGGUGCUCAAACCGAAACUAAGUAAACUGGGCUUUAAUGAAAUGGAGCAACAUCAUGUGGAAGACUUGCUUAAAUUUAUUGAGAAACAUAAGCUCGGUGUGCCCGUUACAGAUUUGCUGCAUGAGUUUCCCUACACACAAUUCCUCGCGCGCGCUUUGCGGCUACUUUCCGAGCAUUAUCUCGUCAAACGUGUUGGCGUGAACAAACCGAUGUAUGUACAUAAAACAAACAUUCGUCCUUGGGUUGUGCACACAUUUCAUCUUAAGCGGCUGGAACGCGAGAAACUGGGUCCAGAUGGCACAGCAAGUCUUAAGCGAGCCUCAACCGCUGAUGAUGCCACUUUAGGUGACGAAUGUGAUGAAGAGGCUUGUCCCAGCAAGCGCGUCAAGUUGACUGAUGAUACAAGUGAAGCUGUAGAGAAUCAACGUAGCAGUAAACGUAUCCCUAAGCCAGUAAAACGAUUCGAAGGCGAAAAUACGAAUGUUAAGAAAGAAAAAGAGAGCAAAAGUGAUGUCAUUGUGAUGAAACCUCAUCCCUGGAUACGUCUAAAUGGCACUAUUAACCGUCGUGUAUUGGAUCGGUGGAUGGGUUCUCUUCUUACGGAAUGUAUAAGUCGUUCUGGUAUAAUGGUAUUAGAAUUGUGUCUAAAGUUCACACAUUUACCACCCGUCGAUGUUAUGUUUUUACUUGAAAUAUUAAGUGAUUUGAAAUGUGUACACUUAACGGAAAUGAAACCCGCCGUUCCCACUCUAUUCUCAUCAUACGAAAAUCUUGAAGAAACUAUCGUAACCGAGUUCUAUGUUCCGGAGCAUACUUAUGUGACGGCGCAUGCGGAUGCACUGACGCGCAUGGCAAUGUUUAUUGGCAAGAAAAAGUAUAGUACACAAUUCUUUUAAGCGGUUUCUUUAUUUUACAUUAUUUAUCUAUGAUAUAAAUUAAGUUUUUUUUUCAUAAAACGCAUGAACAAAAAUAAAUUAGUCUGGCUUUAUUAAAGUCUACAUACAACCACGUAGA